CUUUGCUUGCUUAAACUAUGGGCACACUCGUUUUGAACCCUCCCAACCUUUGAAACAGAAAUUACCCCUACAUAGUCCAUGAGGUACAAGAUGUCAUCCACUACCCAUUUCAACUCUGUGAGAUCCACCGUAGUUCUGUUGAUCAAGCUAGCAAUUUCGGAAGAAUCUGUCUCAACGAUGAUAGGGGGCAUUGUUGGCCAAAAUGACGUAGCCCUCCCAAUUUCGGAGUACCCAACCCAGGCCGCCCAAUUGGAGCUCGUUGGACCAGGUUGCGUCGGUGUUCAAUUUCCAGAUAUACUGACGUGGGCCCUGCAAUUUCCCUUCGGUGUGAUGUGGAAUUUUUCCACAUGGGCUCUGGUGGAAAUAACAAACUCUGAUGUGUCACCAACGGAAAGCACGUAUUUUUAUGUAAGUGCUUUUUUAUGUAAGUGCUGUAAUUUUUCCUUUCUUGUAAAUAGAAGGAAAUUAAUUGAGAUUGGGGAUAAGAUAAGAAGAAUCCAGAACCUACAAGGAGACUGGGUUGAGGGUCGUGGAUGUGAGAAAAGGGGCUAAGAGAAUUCCAGUGAUAAGGGUAUUGAGACUCUGUUUUCUUCUUUAAUUUGAGUUUGCUGCAAAUACUCUGUGAAGGCUGAUUUCUGGUUUGAUUGAGCCUUGGAUUAGAAGAUGAUCAUGUAAUCGAGACCUUGCUGAAACAAAUGUCAAUGGAAGUGACUAAGUGGAUGUAGAUCAAAUUUUGGAUCGAACCACUAUAAA